AGCUCCAGCGCGGAGUCAUGGUGACGGAGAGCGAGCGAGGAAGAGACUGCGCUGCGGGGAAUAGAAAUCUGGGCGGUAGAAGAAGCAACACCUCGGUGGUAGAUGGCGAUCUGGGUCGUGAUCUCACUGCAUCACGAGGGAGCGUUUUUCAGAGCCUCGCAGUGGAAAUUAUUACCAAACCCAACUCGUGAACCUGAGCUUUGGGAUUGAUUCAAGGCGCCUCCGAGGCUGAAGGGGAGUGACUCCCAUUCGGAUGGCGUUGUUCACUGCGGGAAAGCAAGCAUUCACUCCGUUUACGCCCCCCCCCCCCCCUUUUCCCCACGCUGUGUCGCCUCCGGACGGGUCGAUUCGCCUCGCCCCAGUUGGACUAUUAUUACUGAAACGCUAGCGCGUGUUCCGACUGCGAAGCGCAGCCACUGCAACGCCGCAAUUUCCGCGUUGGCACCCCGACUUCGCCAUUCAUGACGGUCCCGCCUAGUUUUCCAAGCCGAUUCGCAUCCACCCGGUUCCAUCCACUCCAUCGCAUCACAUGUUGCUCGUCACUCCGGUGCCAUUGUCUAGAACUCUCACGUCGUGUGCUUCUGCAGGUUCUCGAUGUCCUGGGAUGCUGGCUAACUCCGUUGACAAUCUUGGAAGUCCAGUGAGGUGUCUUCAUGCGCACGUUAUCGAUUGUAAGAACGGUGGCUGAGGAGUCGACUAGAGUGGUAGCUCGUGACCUGCAUUGGGGUGGAGUUUGUGCUGGGAGGUUGUUGUUUCAGUCAGGGCUGUUUCGGGGGAUCGAGGGCUGUUCAUUCAAAGGUCAGCAUUUAUGGCGGAGUAUCUCAGUGAUCACGCAGGUUCAACUGGAUUGCGAGUAUCCGCCAGUCUGUGCCGAUGGCACAACGACGGAAGAGGGAUACCGCAACUCCGAGGAGAUGGGCAUGUUAUGGGGACACUCGCCGAAUUCAGAUGUUGUUGGUGGUAACCGAGAUCUCACCCGUGUGCUCUUGAGUCCCCGCGUUGUAAGCACAAAUAACCCAUCUCACCCUAUGAGCAGGAGGUCUCUCUCACAGAAACGAAUGCAGGAGCCAUCGCCGUACCUUCUAUUGAAGUUAUGCAAGGGCCAGCGUGCUCACGAGGGUGAAGAAUCCCCAAACGAAUCAAUCUCGAAGGCGGAGAUGGACGAUGGCGGCAGCGGUAAAGACUGCAGGAAGGAUCGUUGUUACAUCUCUAGGUUCGGGGACAACACUGUUUCGCAAUAUUUUGGUGGUCCCAAGAACUGGAGACAAUCAGCCUUUUACUUCUCUACGCUCCUGAUCAUCACAUUCUUCCUGCUCAAGAUUACGUACGUGGGGAUAUUUUCCGUUCACAACCGUACUUCAGAUGUUCUGCGGUAUCAUGAGAGGAGUAUUUUGUUGAAGCCUUUUAAGCUGGAAUCAAACAGCGCCGUUGAUGAUAGCAAAUCUGGCAAUAUAAUGAGCGACUCGUCAGUUCUCAAGUUGCCCAACAAGCUUGGCCGCUCAGAGAAGCUUCGUCAGACACAGUCUUUGUGGCCUGAUGAGCUGUGGGCAAAGCCAGACAGCCUGGGGUAUAAUCAGUGUAUCGAUCGUCCUAAGAAGACAGCAAAUCCUGGAGGUCCAACGAAUGGAUACAUUCUAGUGAAUGCAAACGGCGGUUUGAAUCAGAUGCGAUCGGGAAUUUGUGACAUGGUUGCCAUUGCGAAGCUGAUGAAUGCCACACUUGUCGUCCCCAAACUUGACCAUAGCUCUUUCUGGGCUGAUCCUAGUGAAUUCAAGGAUAUCUUCGACUUGAAACAUUUCGUUGAGUCACUCCGGGAGGAUGUCGACGUUAUAGACACUUUACCGCUUCACCUCGCUAAGAUAGAGCCUGCAACUAAAGCGCCCAUCUCUUGGUCGAAGGUGCCUUACUAUGAGAAGGAGCUUGUACCUUUCCUGCAGGAGAGCAAGGUUCUGUAUUUCACUCAUGCAGACUCUAGGCUAGCAAACAACGAUUUGCCUACCCAUGUGCAGCAGUUAAGGUGUCGAGUCAAUUACCGGGCGCUUCAAUACUCAGUGCCUAUUCGACAAUUGGCGAGCACCUUCGCUAAGCGUUUGCAUGACGUGAGUCCUUACUUAGCUUUGCAUCUUAGAUUCGAGAAGGACAUGCUCGCAUUCACAGGAUGUGCACAUGGUCUCUCCGACAAGGAAGCUGAGGAGCUGAAGCAGAUGCGCUACGAGGUGAAGCAUUGGAAAGAGAAAGAGAUCGACGGAGAAGAGAAACGUAGGCUGGGUGGCUGCCCUCUUACCCCCCAUGAAACAGCGUUAAUGCUGAAAGCAUUAGGGUAUCCAUCUUCGACUCAAAUUUACAUUGUGGCUGGAGAAAUUUAUGGACAAGGUACCAUGGAUAGUCUUUACAAAGAAUUUCCGAAAGUAUACGAUCACACUACGCUUGCAACUGAGGCAGAGCUUGCCCCUUUGAAAAAGUACCAGAACCGACUUGCUGGCCUGGACUACAUGGUGGCCUUAGAGAGUGACGUGUUCGUCUACACAUACGACGGGAAUAUGGCCAAGGCUGUGAUGGGGCACCGGCAGUUCGAGGGUUACCGCAAAACAAUCAGCCCGGACAGACAGCGGCUAGUGAAGUUGAUUGAUGACUAUGAAGCUGGUUCUAUCACGUGGAAGGAUUUCGAAGGUCAUGUUCGCAAAAUCCACAGCAACCGAACAGGAGCGCCGCAUUGGCGGACGCCGGGAGAAUUGCCCAAGCUUGAGGAAAAUUUCUACUCUAAUCCUUACCCUGGUUGCAUUUGCAAGAAGGAAUCGCAGAACCGGCGGCUGCUCAAGAGACCGUGAAGAUCAGAACUGGUGUCAUUGGGUUGCCCGAGAAAUGAAGCCCGUUCUACUUGGGCUUUGUGAUCUACUUCCACUUGUGAGUGGCAGCGCGAGCACGGCUCGGAUCCGACGUUGAGCGCCAUGAAUGUCUUCUCAAUGGUUACCAUCACUGCAAGGAGAUUCUGGCUACGAACUGCACGUCUAGGUUCAGAGCUGUGCAUGCGUUCUGGGGUUAUGAUUUUUUCGAAUCCAUGGGAUUCCUAUCUGAUUCCCAGGAGUGUUUUCGCUCCACGCCCUCAAGACAUUAGGCUGCGAUUAGUAUUGAGUCCUGUCUGACCAACCGUCCACAUGAAAGGAAUUAACCACUUCCGUAGAUUUAGUGCUGGUGUCUGUGUGUGGUCGCCCCUAAGUAUCCUAGAGUUUCCGCCUAUUCUUUCAGUACUUCUCCUACAAUUGUAAAUUUAAUGAAGACCUGAACUUCUGAGCCACGUAUGUGCUCAUUUGUAUGGUCUUGCCAAAUAUAAUGCACGCAAGAGUAUCAUUGAACCAAAA